CUCACACAACCUUAGUUGAUUCAUCAGAUACAUCAUGAAGAUCACUCUCCUCGUCCUCCUCGGCCUCGUCGCCCUCGCCGCCGCCCGCCCCGACAGCGUCCUCGAUCUCGACCUCGAUGACUUCCAUCAUGACCAGGAUGUCGAGGAUGAGGUCGUCACCGGGACCUACAGCUGGACCUCUCCCGAAGGCGUAGAAUUCUUCGUCAGGUACAUCGCCGACGAUGACGGAUUCCGCAUCCUGGAGUCCAACGCAGUGCCUGACGUAGGAGGUGUCAGGGCCGAUGGUCAGCAGGGGUCAUUCCUCUCCUCUGAGGAAAUCUAGAUUAAAGGAAAAGAUGACGGGGGAGAAAAAAAAAUGAGAGUGAGAUCUAUAUAAGGAAACCGAAGAAUAACGAAAAUAAAAGUAGAAGAUAAAAAUGAUAAAAAGAAAAAAAAAAAAGUGGGGAGAGGAAUCAGAAAUGGGAUGGAUCUCUUCUGGCGAAUUUUGGGAGUGAGGAUUUUUGUCCACUUUUUUAUAUAUAUAUAUAGAGGGGGCGAUUAUCCACUUAUCUUUUGACUCUCAUACGAAGAUAUUUUAAACGACGGAAAGGAAAAACAAAUGAAGUUUCGUUCUGUUCCACCGAAUGCCAUUGCUCUUGGCUUCUUUAUUUUCUACUUUCUUUCUUUCUCUUCUCUUCGUUAUUUUUCUUUUUCUCUGUAACGAAAUUCCUCAUGUGCACUUCAUCACUCUUCCUGUCUUGCAAUAUGCUGUUAAUUUAUUUGUAAAUAAUGCUCAUUUUCUGCAAUAAAAGGAGAAACAUAAU